ACAUUCCAAAUCUCUCUAGAGUUUCUAGAUGCUACUAGACUCUUCUCCUCCCACAACUUCACCGUUUUUCAGACAAAAGACUCUCAACACUCAAAUGUAGUAAUACUAUAUAAAAAAAAAACAUCAUUACUUCAAUCCUUAAACCCCCGUAGAAAAACACAAACACAGAGCUCAAACCUUAAACAAUGUUCGGUGUUGUGUUCCCCGACCGCAGUUUCCCUAUGGACAUAUCCGCUUUCUCACAAAUCGACACUUUUCACUGGAUCCUCGACAUGAACACUUUUGUUGGUGAAGCAUAUGAUCAAGUACGAGAAAUUUGUAUUUUUCUCUUAAACAGCUUUACUCUUCCGCCAGAUAAAGCUCUGGCGGUGUAUAUUCAGUCUCCAGGGUCUGAAUUUCAGUUUUGUGGGGCGGUGACAAUAACGCGCCCUUCGGCGGUUUUGACGUUGAAUUGGCCGGAGCCUGGUGGUCAGUUGCAGCUGACAGGGCCAGAUACGGCACCCCUUUCGGCGAAAAUCGGGGUUUCGGUGGAGGAUUUGGCAUCAUUGCCUUCGCUGGAUGUAGCGGCGGAGAAAGGGGUUGAGAGGGUUGCGAUGAAAGUUGGGGAGAAUUUGUUUAAUUAUAUGCAGUCGUUUUGUGGGGUUGAUGGGAGUAAGUUGAUUGUUCCUAUGGAUAUUUUGGAUAGGUGGUUUAAGAAGUUUCGAGAACGGGCGAAAAGGGAUCCUGAUUUCUUGAAGAGUUUUCGGUUGUAGUUUUUUAUUGAAUGGAAUUGAAGUUACUUCACUCAACAGGGUUUAUGAUUCUCUUGUCCUGAUUUGGCACCCAUCUGUGCUUCCAAUUAUCGGUGACCAUUGAAAAUCUACUGUGAACUGCAUAGCUGAUGAAGGCUUUAUCCUUAUACCACAUUAAAGUUUGUUUUGAAUAGUAUCUCUAGAAAGAGGGUGCCUCGCCACACCCACAUUUCUUUUUGUCGCGGAGAGGUCUCUAGUGUAGCCUUUCUUUCAGUAUAUGAAGGGAAGUAUGAGAUGGAAGGGGCUGCAUUUUGUUUUCUUACACAUGUACUUGGAGACAGCUAGGUCAAUUCACUAAUGUCCAGUAUGUGCACACAGCCGUGCGGAAAGUUUCUUGUUCUACUGCAUUGCAAUCCCUGUCCAAUAGAAAAGUAUACCCUGCUUUAGCAGAUAUACAUACCAGAUUGAUUGCAUUGUAUAUUAUCUGGACAUCCUGGGAAUGGAGGGAUGGGCAAUUGCAGUAUUUUUUCUGCUGACAAUUUAGAUCUAUUGAGUGGGAUCACAUUGUCAGUAAUGGUUCUGACUAUCUAUGAAUGUACCUCACUCAGUUGGGAUUAUAAUAUCCAUCUUUGACACCCACCUGUGGUCCCGUAUGAAAAGAUAGCUUUACGAAUAGCAUGUCUUGUAAAUAUUAUUACUGAGACUAGAAGUAAUUUCCAUCAUAGCCUUGCCAAGUGGGUCUGAUUGAAUAGCUCUAGGUCUUGAGUGUGAUCUUCUUUAAUUGAUAAUAACCAGUGUUGUCUCCUUGUGGUAUCAUUUAUCUAAAGGUCUAUAGGAGUAUUUCAGAUUUUAAAUGAUUUUCCAACAAACAGUUGCUGAGAGAAAAUGAUUUAGUAGCUUCAGGUAUCCAAAUUUCAAUGUAGCCUUUCUCUGGCAAUAUCUAUUCAUAAUAUGAGAUGCGAGUGUCUCAAUUUUGAUAUGAUUUUCCGAAGUAGCUUUGCUGGAGCCUGGAGGACCUGAUUGAAUGGCUAUAGGUCUCAACUUCCCAGCCUCCAGUAUCCUUAUGUUGUUUGCUUAGCAGGGGAAGGGGUUUCACUUGGUAUUCUUACCCAUGCAGAGUUCUAUGUUGUAGGCUGCCUAUAAAGUUGGUAUCAGUUUGUUUAGUACAAUAAUCUCUUUUGGGUGCACAUGGCAGUGCUGUUGUAACCUUCUUAUUUCUUAGUACAUUAUGAUUCUUGUACAAGCAAGAAGCACAUCCUGCUUCAUUGUAUACGCACUGGAUUGAGUAUAUUUCCUAAGAUCUUCCAUCCGGAUGUCCCUUAAUUCCCGUGACUGUGGGAUAAUUGCCUUAGUUACACCCAAGGCAUUUUGGUUGAGUUACUAAAUGAAUCACACUCACAGCAAUGGUUCCAAGUAUUUGUGAGCUCUCUUGACUCAACAUUGUUUUGGAGAGGUUUUCAUUGUAGCUUUUCUUCUUAGCUAUAUUUGUGAGAGGUAUGGAAUAGCUGAAUGGUUUUUAGUAUAGCAUUGCCAAGUGGGCAUGUUUGGAUGCCUCUAGUUCUCCUGCGUGGUUCCCAUCUGGCAAUAUUUAUGUUCUUCUGGUAUGCCUGGUAAGAGAAUAGAGGAUUCGAAGCAUUUCGUUUUGGUAUGAUUUUGCAAGUGCAUUUUAUGUGUUUUUUAAGUGAAUUUCUGGAUCUGACUGCUGCGAGCUUAUGGGGGGAAGGGGUUGUGCAUGUUUUCUGAUCCUUGGUGAGUUCAAAACAACAGCAAAGCAGCAUGCCCUGCCUCUGUGGAUGUGCACCAGAUUUAGCGCAUUAGCUAGGGUUUUUAACUUGGACAUCCAGGGACGUGAGUGGGGUUGUUGCAGUAUUUUUUUUGUUUUGACACAUGAAGAUUCAUGAAUAAAAUCACAGUUGAGCAAUGGUUCUGAGCAUCUAUAUGAAGACACAUCACCGUGGUUUAUGAUUCUCUUUCCAGUUCUGGGAUCCAUCUGUGAUGCUGGAUAUAAAAUUCAUUGCUUCCAUCUGGCUUAUUAAACAUGGUCCGGCCCGGCUAGGCAAGUUGAUUUAGUAACUUGUCGAUUCAGUGUUUGGAUGGGAUUGAGUUUGAUCUUGAAUUAUCUUUUAGAUUGACCUGGUUAGAUUAGAUUUACUUUAAGGAUAUUUUAAAAAAACAAUUUUUUUGUCUAAAAUGAUUUUGUUUCAUAAAAAAACUAAAAUAACAUAGUUUUGAAUUAACCUAUCGAUCAAAGAAACUAAAAAAGUUUGUUCCUUUAUGAUUUCCAAGAAAAAAAUUUAUGAUUUGUUUACCAAAGAAACAGGGGAUAAAGAUUGUUACUUUAUGAUUUCCAACAGGGUCUUGCCAAGUGGUGCUGAUGAUAUGUUCCCGUUUUGAAUAUUUAUAGUUGACAUUUUUGGAUCAAUUAUGAAUUUUCACGUGUUUUCUUAAUUUACUAGAUACCAGGCCCGUUUUAUGUCGUGGACUUAUAGCCUGUUUAUGUAUUAUUGGGAAUUUAUAAAAAAAAUAAAAAAAAAUUAUAUAGAAAAAAACUAUUACAAUUCACAAUGUUU